AUGGUCAACUCCUGUUGUGGUUCUGUCUGUUCUGACCAGGGCUGUGGCCAAGGCCUCUGCCAGGAGACUUGCUACCAAACCAGCUGUGGUGUGUCUGGCUGCUGCCGCCCAUCCUGCAGUCAGACAACCUGCUGCCAGACCACCUGCCGCCCCAGCUGUGGUGUGUCCAGCUGCUGCCACCCACUCUGCUGCCAGACCACCUGCCGCCCCAGCUGUGGUGUGUCCAGCUGCUGCCGCCCACUCUGCUGCCAGACCACCUGCCGCCCCAGCUGUGGUGUGUCCAGUUGCUGCCGCCCACUCUGCUGCCAGACCACCUGCCGCCCCAGUUGUGGUGUGUCCAGCUGCUGCCGCCCACUCUGCUGCCAGACCACCUGCCGCCCCAGCUGUGGUGUGUCCAGCUGCUGCCGCCCACUCUGCUGCCAGACCACCUGCUGCCGUACAACUUGCUGUCGCCCCAGCUGUUCUUUUUGA